UCUUUUCUUCACAUAAAUAAAAGAACAUGCCAUCGAUCCCUCGCGCUCGAGUUAUUGUCAAUGGAGUCCAGAGAAUGAGGACAUACCAUUACUAUUGGUGUAGACAUUGUCAAAGAUCCAUUAGGACAACUUCAGCCAAUCCAUUUGAAAUUUUAUGUCCUCAUUGUUAUGGUCAAGUUUUCUAUGAACUUGAUGUGACAAGGCCUAGGCUUGUACUUUCUAAUGUCACAAGGCUACAACCACAACCUUCCUCCAAUUCUCGCCUUCUUGAUGCCUUAGCACUCAUGGUUGAUCCACCAAUUAGGCAACAAAACAACGAUGGUGAUGAAAAUCAUCGUAGGACUAGACAACGUGCUCGUGUCAUUCUCCAAUUUAUUGGCCCUGAUGAUCAACCUAUUAGGCCUGUCUCUCCUGAUGAGAACGCGUUUCAUUUUCCAUCCCUUCAAGAAUUGAUUGAUAAUGACAGGCCUGGGCCACCUCCAACGCCAUCUUCAGCAAUCGAUGCAUUGCCAAGAAUUUACCUAACACCAAACCAUUUGGAAAAUGACUCUGUUUGUCCUGUUUGCAAAGAUGAGUUUGAAGUUGGGAUAGAAGUUAUAGAGUUACCUUGCAAGCAUUUUUAUCAUUCUGAAUGCAUUGUUCCAUGGCUUAGACUCCAUAAUACUUGUCCGGUUUGUCGGUAUCAACUGCAAGGAUUCUCAAACAAUGAGGACCAAAAUGGUUACACUUACGAAUUUAAUGAACAACAAGAAGAAGAGGACGAGGAGAACAUCCAGAAUCCUCUCAUUUGGGGUUGGACUCAGCUUACCUCUCUUUGGCCUUUUAGUUUGAUGUCAAGUUGGAGACACAGAUACUUCAACACUUUUGAGACUACAACUUCUGCUUUUCCUAGAGGGAGAGCUUGGUGGAAUCCUUGGAUUUUCUCUUGAUAAUGGUUCCUUGUUUCAUUUAAUAACAGUACAGAGUAGUUUGCUUUUUUAUCAUUCUUUGCUUCAAUAGGAACUAAACAGGUAUGUUGACAAAACUAUAUAUCUUUCUGAAUUUGAUGGAUGGAAAUUAUCUGAGAAUGGGAUU